AGACUGGAGGAUAGGGUUAUUAAGUUUGGUCAGUAUACCAACUAAAUGAAAGAGCUACCCCAAAAGGUUAUUACAAGAGACCCACUUAAAUAAGACCGCCCACACUCUUUUUUAUCUUCUCUCAGUAGUAGUUGCUCUCUCUUGUUCCGUUUUUUUUUUCAAUAUUUUCAAUACUCUGAGAUUUGUAGAACAAUCCUCACAACACCACCUCUCUAAUAAUUAAAUAAAUUAUAUAUAUCAUGGCAAAUAACAUGGUGAUGGUUCAUGAAAUCCCUUUUCCUACCGAGAUCAAAACCACUAAGCCAUUAUCUCUAUUGGGUUAUGGUAUCACAGAUAUGGAAAUACACUUUCUUCAAAUCAAGUUCACAGCAAUUGGAGUGUACUUAGACCCCGAUGUUGUGAAACAUGUACAACAAUGGAAAGGAAAAAAGGGGAAUGAACUUGCUGAAGACGAUGACUUCUUUGAUGCUCUUAUCUCAGCUCCUGUGGAGAAAUACCUAAGGAUUGUAGUGAUCAAGGAGAUCAAAGGGUCCCAAUACGGAGUUCAGCUAGAGAGUUCAGUGAGGGAUCGGUUGGCUGCAGAUGACAAGUAUGAAGAAGAAGAAGAAGCUGCCUUGGAGAAAAUAGUUGAGUUUUUUCAGUCCAAAUAUUUCAAGAAAGACACUCUUAUUACAUUCCAUUUCCCAGCUACUUCUCCCACUGCUGAGAUUGUGGUGACGAUCGAAGGGAAAGAAGAGUUCAAGCUAGACGUGGAGAAUGAAAAUGUGGUAGAGAUGAUCAAAAAAUGGUAUCUUGGAGGGACCACAGGAGCUUCUCCAUCUACCAUUUCUUCCUUAGCUGAUAACCUCUCUGCUCAAUUAUCUAAAUAAAUGUGCUUUUUCUUUAUUACCCGUGGAAAACGGGACACGUAGUCACUGUAUCUUGCAUUUGGUUAUUAUGAAUAAACUUUAAGAAUUUUUUUUUCUUUCA